AUAUAUACGUACACUGACGUGGCGAAUGAGAUCAGAAUUGGUCAGUACGCUGUCAGCGAGCAAGUGGGGUGUUUGAUUAUCAUCAACCCAGUAAUUACAAGGCAGUUACGAGGUGCCUGAUUGCAUCACACGCAAUCAAUAAUAAACCUAUUUUGUCUUGAAGCUUAUCGUGAAUCAACAAGAAAAAUACUGCAAGAUGGCUCAUUACGUCGUAGACCCGUCAAUACUGGUGGGAUCACUUAAUUGGAAGGACGUUAUACGUCAUCUCCUGGAACAGGAGAUGGACAACGAGGUGAAUCAUUGGCGAUCUGCAAAGUCGCCGUCGUUGCCACUUGAAACCCUUGCUGUGUUGCUGCGACCGAAUAGCGUGGACCGUGUCGCAGAUAUAUUGGGUUCGACAUCCCGUCCUAACCAGCAUCCACAGGAAUUUGUCGUCAAAAAGGACGACUUCCAGGUGGCAGUGGAUGUGUGUCAUUUCAAACCGGAAGAGGUCGAGGUGACGGUCAAGGAUAAUCACAUUGUCGUCACAGCCAAACACGAGGACAAGCGGGACGAACACGGCUGGAUAUCCCGGCAAUUUACCCGGAGGUUCCAGUUACCAGAAGACGUUGACGUCGAUCAGAUGAUUUCUAAAUUAUCCUCCGACGGUUUUCUGACAAUCGUCGCGCCCAAAAAGCAAAAGCUGAAGGAUGAGACUGUGAGGACUGUCCAGAUCCAAUACACUGGGAAGCCUUUCGAGAACAAGCGACAAGAAAAGCCGAAGCAGCCUCAGCAAAAUGACGAGAAGGAAUCGGAAUAAGGAUCGGACAUUUCAAAACAAUCUAUUAUAUAUCUUUCGCUAUUAAAUCAAUAUUGUGUUUUGAAUAGAUUGUUGAUAAUUCUAUAUAGAUACAUAGCAGGUUUUCCUAUUAGAUUCAGCAUACAGACUUAACACAUCUAUCUCAUGAGUUAAAUCUGUGAUAAUUAUAUAUGUGACAGUAUUCCUAAACCUAUGUAAUGCAUUUAUUUAACAACUUUCUAAAACUAAUUGUAAUAAAUUAUCUCUUAGAAUUUAUCUAUCAAAAAUACUUCUAGAUCACUACAUAUUAAAAUUGACAAUGAAAAAGAUG